AUGAAUCCUUCAAGCAUACCACCUCGAACUACGAGAGACGACAAUGAUGGAGAUAAACAUAUCGUUAAUGCUGAAGAAAUUGUGCUUGGAAAGCAUAUAGGAAAAGGUGCCUUCGGUUGCGUUUACAAAGCUGUAUAUCGUUCGGAACAUGUUGCUGUCAAGAUAGUCAAGGCAUCUGAUUGGACACAAGUAUUAAAGGAGAUUGAAAUCAUGAAGAAGAUUGGAGGCAAAAGUUAUCAUCUUAUUCGUUAUCGGGGUGAGUGUCUCGUGUCCGACGGAGAAAACAAAAAUAUGUACAUUUUGAUGGAUUAUGCAGAAAACGGAACCCUCAGGGACCUACUGCUAAAUGUUACGUAUAAACCAACAUGGUCAUUAAAAGUACGACUUUGUUACGAUAUCGCAUCAGGAUUGUCCAGCCUCCAUGAACUUGGUAUUUGGCACAACGAUUUGAAACCUGCAAACAUUUUGCUUGACGCUGGAUCAAGGGCAAAAUUGUGUGAUUUUGGAUCUUGCGACUUUGAUGGCAAAUUAAACGAUAGAUUUUGCGGCACUGCAUUCUGGACUGCUCCUGAAGCCUUGGAGGAUUAUGGUACGACUCCUUAUUCACAUGAAAAAGCCGAUAUUUAUAGUCUUGGUUUA